CGAGUGGUGCGCAUCUGCUGCCACGCAGAACCGACCUCUCCGCCGGCUUGACGAAACAACCUGAAAUCCGAAUAUCACGAACACGAUGUCUGGGCCACCACCACCGCCCCCUCCGCCCUUCGGUGCUUGGGCGCCUCCACCACCACCCCCUUCUUUUGGACCUCCAGCUGUGGGAGCACCACCACCUCCUCCAGGCUUGCCCCCAGCACAAUCCGCUGCCGAUCUGAAAUUUGCGCAAAAGAAGAAGGAAUGGCUACGGUACCAGCGCCAGAGGUUUGGUGAGAAGAGACGGGCUGGGGCUGUUGAGUUCCCAAAGGUCGACACACCACCAGAAAUGCUGCGCAAAGCAUUCAAGGACAUAGGUGAUGUGUCUCAAAAGAAGUUUGACAAAGACAAGCGGGCUUACCUUGGAGCCCUGAAGUUCAUGCCGCACGCGGUCUUGAAGCUACUUGAGAAUAUGCCAAUGCCAUGGGAGGACAGGCGCUAUGUCAAGGUGCUUUAUCACGUCAAUGGAUGUCUCACCAUCGUCAAUGAGGUACCUCGGGUCAUCCAACCAGUCUUUCAUGCUCAAUGGGCAAGCAUGUGGGUGACAAUGAGACGCGAGAAGCGGGACAGACGACACUUCCGACGCAUGCGUUUCCCUCCCUUCGACGAUGAAGAACCACCAAUCAAUUUCUCUGAGAACAUAGAAGAUAUCACGGAUCCACAAGAGCCGGUACAAAUGGAACUUGACGGAGAGGAGGACGCCGAGGUCGUGGACUGGUUCUACGAGCACCGACCUCUUGCUGAAAGCGAACACACCAAUGGCCCAAGUUAUAGGAAGUGGCACAUGAGCAUUCGACAAAUGGCCACACUCUACCGCUUAAGUCAUCAGCUACUAAGUGAUGUUGUCGAUAAGAAUUACUAUCAUAUGUUUGAUCUCAAGUCAUUCUACACCGCGAAAGCACUGAACGUUGCGAUUCCUGGUGGGCCGCGCUUUGAGCCUCUGUACAAAGAUAUCGAUCCGAAUGACGAAGAUUUUGGGGAGUUCAACGCCAUAGACCGUAUCAUCUUUCGUCAACCAGUUCGAACCGAAUACCGAGUAACCUUUCCUUAUCUAUAUAAUUCUCUGCCCCGCAGUGUCAAGAUUGCUUGGUAUGCUCACCCGCAAACCGUCUAUAUCAAAGCAAACGAUCCGGCUUUGCCGGCCUUCUACUUCGACCCCGCUAUCAACCCAAUCUCGUCCCGCUCUGUUGCGCCGAAGAACCUAACUGUGAGCCACGAAGAUGAGGUAUUUGGUAAGGGCAACAACGAGGAUGAUGAGUUUGAGCUACCAAACGAACUUGAGCCGUUUAUGUCCGAAGAAUCAGAAUAUACCGAAGAUACAGCCGAUGCCAUCAUGCUAUGGUGGGCACCAUAUCCAUUUGACCGUCGCUCGGGAAAUAUGGUGCGUGCCGAAGAUGUCCCCUUGAUCAAGCAAUGGUACCUGGAGCAUUCGCCUCGUGAAGGACCGGUCAAGACGCGUGUAUCAUACCAGAAACUGCUUAAAAGUUACGUCUUGAACGAGCUUCACACUCGCCCACCAAAAGCGAUGAACAAGCAGAACCUCAUGCGGACUCUGAAGUCUACAAAGUUCUUCCAACAGACGACACUAGACUGGCUGGAAGCCGGCCUUCAAGUUUGUAGGCAAGGCUACAAUAUGUUGAAUCUACUCAUUCACAGGAAGAACCUGACCUACCUGCAUUUGGAUUACAAUUUCAAUCUCAAGCCGAUUAAGACGUUGACGACGAAGGAGCGAAAGAAGUCAAGGUUUGGCAAUGCUUUCCACCUGAUGAGAGAGAUUCUUCGAUUGACGAAAUUGAUCGUGGACGCGAAUGUGCAGUAUCGUUUGGGCAAUAUUGAUGCAUUCCAACUUGCCGACGGCAUUCUCUACGCCUUCAAUCAUGUUGGUCAGCUUACGGGUAUGUACCGGUAUAAGUACAAGCUUAUGCACCAAAUCAGAUCUUGUAAGGACCUGAAGCAUAUCAUAUACCACCGCUUCAACAGUGGACCGGUUGGAAAAGGACCUGGGUGUGGAUUCUGGGCCCCAGCUUGGAGAGUUUGGUUGUUCUUCAUGCGGGGUAUCAUUCCGUUGCUUGAACGAUGGCUCGGAAAUCUGCUGUCUCGUCAAUUUGAAGGUCGUCAUAGCAAAGGCGUUGCGAAGACGGUUACCAAGCAGCGCGUUGAAUCUCACUUCGAUUUGGAAUUGCGUGCGUCUGUCAUGGCGGACCUCGUCGACAUGAUGCCCGAAGGCAUCAAGCAAAACAAGAUUCAUCUGAUCUUGCAACAUUUAUCGGAAGCUUGGCGAUGUUGGAAAAGUAAUAUUCCUUGGAAGGUCCCUGGCCUACCGGCACCAAUCGAGAAUGUUAUCCUGAGAUAUGUAAAGAGCAAGGCAGACUGGUGGGUUUCAGUGGCCCACUAUAAUCGUGAGAGAAUCCGGCGCGGAGCGACGGUCGAUAAGACGGUUGCGAAGAAGAAUCUAGGGAGACUUACCAGACUGUGGCUCAAAGCUGAACAGGAGCGCCAGCACAACUACAUGAAAGAUGGCCCGUACGUGUCCUCAGAGGAAGCUGUUGCGAUAUACACGACAACAGUACAUUGGCUGGAGUCGCGAAAGUUCCAACCGAUACCGUUCCCUUCAGUGUCGUACAAGCACGAUACAAAGAUGUUGAUUCUGGCCCUAGAGCGCCUUCGUGAGGCUUACUCCGUUAAGGGACGACUCAACCAAAGCCAGAGAGAGGAGUUGGCUUUGAUCGAACAAGCUUAUGACUCGCCUGGCACGACCUUGGCACGAAUCAAGCGUUUCUUACUGACACAGAGAGCGUUCAAGGAAGUCGGGAUUGAUAUGAACGACAAUUAUAGCACAAUCAACCCUGUCUAUGACGUCGAGCCCAUUGAGAAGAUCACAGAUGCAUACCUGGAUCAGUAUUUGUGGUACCAAGCAGAUCAGCGCCAACUGUUCCCACCAUGGAUCAAGCCUUCUGACUCGGAAGUUCCACCGCUUCUGGUGUACAAGUGGGCUCAAGCAGUGAACAAUCUUGACAAGGUUUGGGAACACGAAAAUGGCGAGACAAACGUGCUCAUUGAGACUCAACUGUCCAAAGUCUAUGAGAAGAUUGAUCUGACCCUUCUCAAUCGCUUGCUUCGUCUCAUCAUGGAUCACAAUUUGGCAGACUACAUCACUGCAAAGAAUAACGUGUUGCUCAACUACAAAGACAUGAACCACGUCAACAGCUAUGGUUUGAUCCGAGGUCUACAGUUUUCGGCCUUUGUCUUCCAGUACUACGGUCUCAUCAUCGAUCUGCUCCUCCUAGGUCUGAAAAGAGCAAGCGAUCUAGCUGGCCCGCCGAACAGCCCGAACGAUUUCUUGCAAUUCAGGGAUCAGGCUACCGAAGUCAGACAUCCAAUCCGCAUCUACACUCGCUACAUUGAUAAGAUCUACAUCUUCUUCAGAUUCAGUGCCGAUGAGUCGAAGGAUCUGAUUCAACGUUUCUUGACGGAACAGCCAGAUCCCAAUUUUGAAAACGUGAUAGGCUAUAGAAACAAGAAAUGUUGGCCUCGAGAUUCGCGAAUGCGCCUGAUGCGCCACGACGUAAACCUCGGACGUGCUGUCUUCUGGGACUUGAAGAACCGUCUCCCACGAUCAGUCACCACGAUCGAAUGGGAAGAUACAUUUGCCAGUGUGUACAGCAGGGACAAUCCGAACCUGCUAUUCUCUAUGGUUGGAUUCGAGGUCCGGAUCUUGCCCAAGUCACGUAACCUGAACGAGGAGUUCAAGGUUCACGACAGUGUUUGGAAUCUUGUCAAUAAUACCACUAAGGAAAGGACAGCCCACGCAUUCUUACAGGUGACCGAGGAAGACAUCCAGAAGUUCAACAAUCGAAUUCGACAGAUCCUUAUGUCCUCUGGAUCCACAACCUUCACGAAGAUCGCCAAUAAGUGGAACACAACGCUGAUUGCCUUGUUUACCUACUACCGUGAGGCUGCGGUCUCAACGGUCAACCUUCUCGAUGCGAUAGUCAAGUGCGAGACGAAGAUUCAGACCAGAGUAAAGAUUGGCCUGAACUCGAAGAUGCCUUCUCGUUUCCCGCCCGCUGUGUUCUAUACUCCGAAGGAACUUGGUGGUCUCGGUAUGAUCUCCGGCUCCCACAUUCUCAUCCCUGCUAGCGACAAGAGAUUUUCUAUGCAGACGGAUACCGGUAUCACACAUUACCGCCAGGGCAUGUCUCAUCAGACCGAGGAGGAAACGUUGAUUCCGAAUAUCUUCCGCUACAUCAUACCCUGGGAGUCCGAGUUCAUCGAUUCUCAACGUGUGUGGAUGGAGUAUGCACAAAAGCGUCAGGAGGCUGUCCAACAGAACCGUAGGCUUACUCUGGAGGACCUGGAGGACAGCUGGGACCGCGGUCUGCCACGUAUCAAUACGCUGUUCCAGAAAGAUAGAAGUACUCUUAGCUUCGACAAAGGCUUCAGAGUGCGCACCGAGUUCAAGACUUACCAGCAUAUGAAGAGCAAUCCCUUCUGGUGGACAAGUCAAAGACAUGAUGGUAAAUUGUGGAACCUCAAUGCAUACAGAACCGAUGUUAUUCAAGCUCUUGGUGGUGUGGAGAAUAUCUUGGAGCACACCCUCUUCAAAGGGACGGCAUUCCCUACCUGGGAGGGUCUGUUCUGGGAGAAGGCUUCUGGAUUCGAAGAGUCGAUGAAGUUCAAGAAGCUCACGAACGCGCAGCGUUCGGGUUUGAAUCAAAUUCCCAAUCGUCGUUUCACACUUUGGUGGUCACCCACCAUUAAUCGAGCAAAUGUCUAUGUCGGUUUCCAAGUUCAACUGGAUCUCACGGGAAUCUUUUUGCACGGUAAGAUUCCGACAUUGAAGAUCUCGCUCAUUCAGAUCUUCCGAGCCCAUUUGUGGCAGAAAAUUCACGAGUCAGUUGUUAUGGAUCUUUGUCAGGUGUUCGAUCAAGAACUUGAAGCGCUCGGUAUCGAGACCGUGCAGAAGGAGACAAUCCAUCCUCGUAAGUCGUACAAGAUGAACAGCUCGUGCGCGGAUAUUCUCUUGUUUGCGACACACAAGUGGGGUGUUACGAACCCAUCACAUCUGCACGACACGCGCGAUCAAAUCAUGCCGGUAACAGCGACGAAAUUCUGGAUUGAUGUGCAACUCCGAUAUGGCGAUUACGACUCUCAUGAUAUCGAGCGGUACAUUCACGCCAAGUUCAUGGACUACAGUUCCGACCAAAUGAGUAUCUAUCCAUCGCCUCAUGGGCUGAUGAUCGGUAUUGAUCUGGCAUAUAAUGUGCACUCAGCAUAUGGUCAGUGGUUCCCGGGUCUCAAGCAGCUUGUGCAAGCGGCAAUGGCCAAGAUUAUGAAGGCAAACCCUGCACUCUACGUUCUGCGAGAGCGCAUUCGGAAAGCCCUGCAGUUGUAUGCCUCUGAAAGUAACCAGGAGUUCCUCAACUCCCAGAAUUACUCGGAGCUAUUCAGCGACCGCAUCCAGCUCUUUAUCGAUGACACCAAUGUUUAUCGAGUGACAAUCCACAAAACAUUCGAGGGCAAUUUGACCACCAAACCAAUCAACGGCGCCAUCUUCAUUUUCAAUCCUCGGACUGGACAAUUGUUCCUGAAAAUUAUCCACACAAAAGUCUGGGCCGGGCAGAAACGUCUAGGUCAACUAGCGAAAUGGAAGACUGCGGAAGAAGUCGCGGCUCUUAUUCGUUCCUUGCCUGUUGAAGAGCAGCCGAAGCAGUUGAUUGUUACUCGAAAGGGUCUUUUGGAUCCUCUCGAGGUGCAUCUGCUGGACUUCCCCAAUAUCUCGAUUCGUGCGUCGGAGCUGCAAUUACCAUUCCAGGCUGCCAUGAAGAUCGAGAAGCUCGGCGACAUGAUCCUAGCUGCUACUGGACCACAGAUGGUACUAUUCAACCUGUACGAUGAGUGGCUGAAGACGAUAUCCUCGUACACCGCGUUCUCUCGUCUCAUUCUGAUUCUCCGUGCACUUCACGUCAAUCAGGAUAAGACCAAACUCAUCCUGAGACCGGACCACAAGGUCAUCACCGAGUCUCACCAUAUUUGGCCUUCUCUUAGUGAUGAGGAUUGGAUGAAGGUCGAGACGAGCCUCCGUGACCUGAUUCUGAAUGACUACGGAAAGAAGAACAAUGUGAACGUUUCCAGUCUGACGAGUAGUGAGGUUCGCGACAUCAUCCUUGGUAUGGAAAUUAGCGCCCCUUCGUUGCAGAGACAGCAGGCUAUGGAGAUUGAGAAGCAGGAGGGCGAUCAACAGCAGCUCACUGCUGUCACCACAAAGACCCAGAACGUGCGCGGAGAGAACAUCGUCGUUACGACAACGUCGCAGUACGAGCAACAGUCAUUCGCUUCCAAGACCGAAUGGCGGACUCGAGCCAUCGCAACCACCAAUCUCCGCACACGCGCCAACCACAUCUACAUCUCGUCGGAAGACAUUCGCGAAGACGAUCAUUACACAUAUGUCAUGCCAAAGAACAUCCUGAAGCGCUUCAUCGCAAUUGCGGACCUCCGUGUUCGCGUGGCUGGGUAUCUCUACGGAAGCUCCCCCAAGGACAAUGACCAGGUCAAGGAGAUACGAACGAUCGUGCUCGUCCCGCAAGUCGGCAGCACCAAAGAAGUGCAGCUACCUCAGCAGCUUCCCGAGAAUCCGGCUCUGAACCAGUUGGAACCCCUAGGCAUCAUCCACACCAUCAGUGGCAACGAGCUCCCGUACAUGACUGCUGCAGAUGUGACGCAGCACGCUCGUCUCAUGGUCGCCCACAAAGCCUGGGACAAGAGAACGGUGACCAUGACAGUCAACUUCACACCCGGCUCUGUCGCCCUUACGGCAUGGUCGCUCACCACGGACGGCUACAAAUGGGGCGCCCUGAACAAAGACAUGAUGUCCGACGCGCCCGAGGGCUUCUCAACCGAGUACGGCGCUAAGUGCCAGCUGCUGCUCAGCGACCGCAUCAAGGGAUAUUUCAUGGUGCCUGACCACAAUCUAUGGAAUUUUAGCUUCUUGGGAACUGUGUUUGCGAACUUGGAGAAGAAGAGGGUUUCUGUCAAGAUGGAUGUACCGGCCAGGUUCUAUGAUGCAUUGCAUCGCCCUAUUCAUUUCCAGAACUUUAGCCAGUUGGAGGAUAUCUGGGUUGACAAGGAGGAUUUCUUCGAGUGAUUGAUGGAUGUGCGAGAUGAUAUUGGCCUGGCGUUGGGUUGGAUGGCGAGGCAUAGCAUGUAUACGUGUGUAAGAUUGGAACUAUGAGUGAGAAGGGGUUGUUGGAGCUAUAGCACGAGCAAAAAGGGUCCGC